AUGGCAAUUACUAUUAUCGCACCAGUUUCUGCUGCGGUACCCUAUCACACUGAGGAUGAGUCUGAUCAUUCUGAUGAUGGAGGUGUUGAUAUAGAAGGGGAUCUUGAUAUGCAACUGUCCAAACGGACCAAGCAUCAAAAUAUUGUUACUCCUGGUGAAGUAAUCACAGAUGAUCCUCAAUGGAUGAGAGGUCAUGGCACAUAUGUCGCUCCUGCAAGUACAGAAAUUAUAGGAACCGUCGCAGGUACAGUUCAAAAAACGAAUAAACUUCUCUCAGUUCGACCAUUACGCGCCCGCUAUACCCCGGAAAUCGGUGAUCUUGUUGUGGGACGAAUUAUAGAAGUACAAAGUAAGAGGUGGCGUGUUGAUAUUGGAGCUCCGGUUCUUGCCAAUUUACCAUUGUCCGCAAUUAAUCUUCCAGGAGGAAUUCAAAGAAAGAGAACGGAAACCGAUGAACUUCAAAUACGAACUUUUUUUUCGGAGGGAGAUUUACUAGUUGCCGAAGUCCAACAAUUAUAUCAAGAUGGAAGUGCCAGUUUGCAUACGAGAAGUUUAAAAUAUGGAAAGCUGAGGAAUGGUGUCUUCAUGGCUGUUAGUGGAACUGGUGGAGGUGGAGGUGUGGUUCGGGCUAGAAGACAAGUUUGGACUAUCGAUACAGCACACAACGGUGGAAAGGUAGAUGUCAUUCUGGGAGUCAAUGGAUACAUCUGGAUAUGCAAGACGGUUGAAGUAAAGGAAGGAGAAACCUCAAUCACAAGAAUCGAGGAAAGUGUUAGCAACGCAGCAUAUUCAAGUCAAAACGACGAAAUUAUUCCCGACACGAGGAGGGAGAUUGCAAGAAUAAAGGGAGUCAUUCAACUGUUGGUGGAAGAAGGACUGAGGGUUGACGAAGAUAUGGUCAACAAAGCAUAUGGAGCUGCCGUUGAGGUGGAUGAGGAAGACGAAGGUGAAAGUAGUGCAUAUGUCGGGGGAGAGAUAGGCAAACGAGUCUUAAGUCUAAUGAGCACAACAUGA